GCAGGAGUUCCUUGGCUGUAUCUAGAAGUGGAAUGUAUGCGUACCAGAAUGUAGCUUUGUCCUAUUUCACAAACACAGGAUGUUGCGCAAUCCGCUUGCAGCUUGCUGAGCCACCUUGACUGUAGGGCGCUGCGUUGCCAAGACGUCUAAAGCUGAGCGCCAUGGAGAGUGUAGUAAACCAAGCAUGGGAUGUGUAUAUCCAACAGCGCGCAGAGGCACCGUCGUCCUUGAAUGGCACCCUCGAGGACUUAUGGCACAAAAUAGCGCAGAUGGAGGCCCCUACACCAGAAGAUGAAGAAGCACGACUGGAUAUAUGCUCUGACCUUACGGCAAGGCUGUCGUCGCUCGGGUCAAGCUUGGGCGGAACAUUGGCAGCGGAGCCUCACGGCUACUUCGUUAUGGGCUGCUUUACCGCCUCGUCUCCUUUGGAGAUAGCCAUCACGGGAAAGCUUGCAGAUUCAAAGGGCGACGCUCAACUGCUGGACCUGGAGCAGCGUGGUGCGGCCGAGCGGCUGUGCUUGUUGGAGCGCGUGCACUCCCUGAUCGGCGACAGCGGUGCAGCGGCGCAAGGCACCGUCCGCAUCAACCGCACCGCCCGAGUGCCCUCCGUCAGCUUUGAGCACGCCGGCAGCGGCAUCCCCGUCCGCGUGUGUGUGGCCCAUCCGGGCUUCUCGGUGCGGGCUCACGUGGUGCGGGCGCUGGUACAGCUGGAGCCGCGACUCAGGAGCCUCGUGCAGCUGGUAGAGUUGUGGGCGGACGCGCGCGGCCUGAACAACCCGGCAGCGGGCACCUUCAACUCCUGGGCGCUCAUGAACCUGGUCAUCUUUGCGGCUCAGACCUUCCAGUCGCAGCCCCUGUUGCCGCCGCUGUGCCGCGUGUGUGGCGGCUGGGACUCCUCCUCCUCCUCGGCUGGCGGCACCGCCCCUGCCGGCAGCCAAUCCGGAGGAGGCUCCGGCGCUGGUUCCGCAGCGGGGCCUUCACCUCCCCUCAACUCAUCUGGUGGCGGCGCUGGCGGCAGCGGCAGCAGCGGCGGCGGCAGUGCUAGCACCAGCGCUGGUGGUAAUCCGGGUAACAGCAGCAGCAGUAACAGCGCUGGCGGGGCUGUGGGUAGCGGUCCGGCGGCGGCAACAGCUGCUGCUCCUGGUGGGGUGGCGUUGCGGCCCGCUCGGCGGCUGCCGCUGCACCUGCCCUCUGCGGAGUGCCUGGAGCUGGUCAUGCGGGAGAUGG